ACCGGCACUUCUUCUUCCCCAACCCUACACGAAUCUUCUUACCCAACCCACCCUAUUCAGACAAACUCUUCAUCUCCAAUUUCCAUGGCGCACUUCUACUCUCCUACUUUCGAAGCUUACUCCUUCCUUCUUCGACACCGCAGUUCCCUCAUCAAUCCGCCUAACAAUUACUUCUCCCGCCGCCCGUCGCCCGCCGCCGCCUGCUGUAAUUGGAUUGAAGACAUGGUUCGCCGGAUCGGCCGAGUCCGGUCCGACUUCCGAUCGGAGAAGAAAACAUUUACCAGUGGGCUGAAGAAGAAUCGUGGAGGAAAGACCUCUAUUCUGCGUUCGCGUCUGAAGAAGAAUUGUGGGGGAGGGGAAGAAGAAGUGGGAGGAUUCUGCGUUCGCGUCGGUGAAGAAAAUCGUGGGUUGAUAUCCUCCACCAUCGCUACCCAUGCGGUGUCGUACGGAGAGACGGUUAUUUCUCCGUCGCCCAUGGACUGCAGCAUCGACUGAAUCAAUUGCACCUGCUUCCGAAUCUUAUCUGAGUCC